AUGUUACACUAUUGCGAUUUUUACUGCCGCGUGAAAACGUACCUUUACAAGGCAAUUUAUUACAUGAUAUGAAAUCUUUGGUUAGGUUUUCCUGAAUCCAAAGAGAAAACAAAAUGCUUACUCGGCACGAAUCCGUGUCAUGUGUUGAUUAUACGUACAUAUAAAACGGUGAUCAAAGAUUCUUUAAAACGUUAUUUACAUUAUAAAAUUUAUUACUUGCAAUUGAUACGAUUUUAAAUAAGUAGUAAACCCUGAUUGUAUAAUAUUAGAAAACAAUAUGGCUCACUACAAAGGAGCAGCCAGCGAAGCUGGUAGAGCGAUGCAGUUAAUGAAGAAGCGAGAAAUUGCUCAGCAAGAAAUAGAAUUGAGGAAAAAGAAAAUAGAAGAUGAUCUAAAGAUUCAUAAUAUAGAGAAUAAAUUUGCUACCCACUAUAAUGCCGUAGAGCAACAAUUGAAAACUUCUACCAUUGGUUUGGUCACCUUAAAUGAAAUGAAAGCUAAGCAGGAAAAUAUAGUGAAGGAACGUGAAAGGAAACUUGCUCAAAAGGAACGCGAGAAAGAACAAGAGAAGGAGAGGGCUCUUGCCGCAAAACAAGCUGAAAAAAAUAAGCAGAAAAAACAAAUUCAAGCAUUAUCGUUUAAUUUGGAUGAAGAUGAAGUGGAACUUUCCGACGAAGAAGAAGAGACAAAGUUGGAGGAGACAAAACUGGAUGAUAGCGAACCGGUAAUAAAAAAGAUAAAGAAAAAUCCAGAUGUAGACACAAGUUUUUUACCCGAUAGAGAACGAGAAGAAGAAGAAAACAGGUUGAGAGAAGAGUUAAGACAAGAAUGGGCUAGAAAACAAAAUGCACUGAAAGAAGAAGAAAUUGAAAUUACUUUCAGUUAUUGGGAUGGGUCUGGACACAGACGAAGUGUUGUUAUGAAAAAAGGUAAUUCUAUUUAUCAGCUUCUUCAAAGAUGCUUAGAAGUUUUAAGGCGUGAAUUUAGUGAACUUAAAACGGUUAUGGCAGACCAAUUAAUGUAUGUGAAGGAAGACCUUAUUUUACCCCAUCAUUAUACAUUUUAUGAUUUUAUUGUAACAAAGGCAAGAGGAAAGAGUGGACCUCUUUUCACAUUCGAUGUGCACGAUGACAUUCGUGUUAUGCACGAUGCUUCUGUAGAAACAGAAGAAUCUCAUGCAGGGAAAGUGUUGCUUAGAUCUUGGUAUGAAAGAAAUAAACAUAUAUUUCCUGCUAGUAGAUGGGAACCUUUUGAUCCAACAAAAAGUUACGAUAAAUAUACGGUUUCCGAUAAAAAUAAAAAAAAAGAUAAAAUUUAAUGAAAAGCAAAUUA